AUGUCUCAAAACCCCCCCUCCCUUUCCCUUGCUAAAUUUCACCUCACUGCUCGGCACACCCCCCAGUUGUGGUGUCAGCAGCUGCAGACAAGUCCAUUGUGUGAGGGCAUCAACCGGUUGUCAUGUUGGGGUGACUCCUGUGUUGCUUCCGGUGAUGAUUCCGGCACAGUCAAGUUGUGGGACUUGAGGCAGGAUGGCAGUGCAGUGGGCAGCACAGCAGCCGUGCAGGUGGCAUCGGACUACAUCACCGACAUCCGCCCCCUCCCCUCCUGCAACCGCCUGCUUGCCUCCAGUGGCGAUGGCUCUAUGGCGGUUGUGGACCUUGCCACCAACAGGAUGACAGCGCACACAGACAGCACUGAUGAUGACCUGCUCUCCAUUGUUGCAGUCAAGAGCGACUCCAAGGUGGUGUGUGGUUCUCAGAGCGGGCUGCUCUACUUCUUCAACAUGAAUGGGGCGGAGCGGGACAAUGAUCGCUUUCGAGGUCACGGGGGUUCAGUGGAUGCCAUUCUGCCUUUGGACGAUGACACGCUGCUCACAGCCUGCUCCGAUGGGCUCAUCCGAGUCGUCUCGGUCUUCCCCAACCGCUUUUUGGAUGUUGUGGGCUCGCACACUGAUGCUGCUGUGGAGGCACUGGGUGAGUGGCUGCUGGGGCUGGGAUAA